CUGCCUCCGUCCCCACCCGUACUAGUUCUGGCUCAAGGAAAAAUCCGUAAACUUUUAGCCCCCUCCCCUGUUGCAGUGCUCUCCCCUUCUCUCCUUUUUUUUCCCGAAGGAAGAGAGCGCAACAAAGAAAGACUACAUCGUAUUCACUACGAGGACUCCGCCUUAAACCUUUUUGUGUCCUCUUGUUUUGUUUUGUUUUUUAAGAAAAAGAGAACAUCUCGUCAGAGAAGGACGUUAAGUGGCUAAGUUUCUGAAGCCAUACAGGACAGACACAGCAGACAAUGUCCUCCUUACAGCCAGGGACCACGGACCCGCCCCAGCCCAGAUUACAUCGGCCUUUCCUCUUCUUCGACCUUGAAGCCCUUGGGGUGGUGGCGAUACUCCUGGGGGUGUUUCAGGUUCUUAUGGCGCUACCAUUGUACUUCAUCGACCAAGGCUUGCCCGUGCUCUACAUUCUCCCCCUCUGUGUCGGCGUAAUGUUUGUGGCAGCUGGAUCGUUUGCAGUGGCCUGUGAGAAGACUCCAAGCAAGGAACUGCUGAAGGGCUGUGCAAUCAGUAACCUGGCAGGCCUGGUGGGGGCGCUGUGUGCCUUCUGUGUGUACAGUGUAUGCAUUCACUCACCUCCCACCUUCAGACCCUGCGUCAGAACAUCGUAUUACUACCACUACCACGACCCUGAUGAGACGCCAUGCCCGGGAGAUUUACUGACCAUGUUUUUCCGGAUGCUUUCUAUCUUACUUUUGAUCUAUGACAUCGCUGCUCUCAUUCUCCACUCUCUCCUGACGUUUUCUGCACUGAAAGGGCUGAAGACAAACUGAUAUUCACUGCAAGCUGAACGGCCUUCUCACGCAAAAUUGUAUUUUAAUGUACAGGCUAUGCAGCCAGUCGUAGCCAGUGGAGAGGCUACACUUACAUGUACACUCACGCGAGUAAACACGGGAGCAGUGCACUCAAUCUCUCAAAGAUGAGGUGAAAUUAAAUGGGCAAAUGGCUUCGCUUUCACUGACUGUAUUUCAUUCUCGUAGCCUCCGCUAAUAAAAUCAUAAUUUGUACACCUUAUUUGUCCACGGGUAUUUGAAUGUAUUUUAGGCUACAUAGGCCAACCGUAGGCUACUGUUAUGAAUUCAGCAAUAUAAAGACUGAAAUUGUAAAAAUAAAAUUGUGUUAGUGUAAAA